AUGUCUGACGCGGAUUUUCGAGCCGUCACCAAGAGCCAGCAGGAGCGGAACGCGGCUUCUGCGGCGAAGAAGGGCUCGCGAGGGCUCGACGUUGCAGCAGCUCAGCGCACCGACUCGACGCGCCAGAAGCUCACGGACAGCGCAGACAACGACCUCUACGACAAAGACGCCGGCGACAAGUAUGCUGGAUACCACACCUCCCUCCCCAUGGGCGACGACGAUGACGACAUGGCCGUGGACACCACGCGUCGCCUCGUUGGCCAGUACACGGCGUCCCGCGAAAUGAUCGACGAGUUUGCUCGUGGCGACGGUGUUGAGGAGGAGGACAUACUGGCGAACCGAGGCGAGAAGAGCGGCCGCAUCAUCGACCGCGAGACCGACUACCAGAAACGUCGAUUCAACCGUGUCCUGACGCCGACACGCGCCGAUCCGUUCGCGGAGAACCGACAAGCCGGGGCUGCCGAGAAUGGCACAACGUAUCGCGAGAUUAUGGAGAGCCAGGAGCUCGACAGGGAGGAGGAACGCGUUCGGCGUGCGAUUCAAGCCAAGCAGGCCGAAAACGAGGCCAGUGAGAAUGGCGACCUUCGACCCACGUUGCAGCAUCCAGACAAGGAGAAUGAAGAUGCCGGGUCAACGGAAGCCGCCGCUGCAGGCCGGAAGCGCAAGAAGAGAUGGGACGUCUCAUCCGCCCCGAGCGAAGAAAAGCCCCAGACCGAGGAGGCCGCCGCGCCGACAAAGCGGUCCCGAUGGGACGAGAUCCCUACUCUUCCCGAAAAGCAGCGUUCUCGAUGGGACCAGGCUCCUUCGGCGACGCCUAUGGCCAACUCCGGUCAGGCGACGCCGGCACCGGCUUCUCAGGUUCCCAGCUUACCCGUUGCGUUUGGGACCGAUGCCGGUCGCAGCUUUGGCAUCAGCGACGAGGAGCUUGACCUGCUCCUCCCCGGCGAGGAUCAAGGCUACAAGAUUCUGGAAUUCCCUCCUGGUUUCGUGCAACUUCGAGCGCCAACCCAUCGGGCCAUGGCCACUCCCGCACCCGCUAGUGGCUUCAUGAUGCAGGACCCGGAUCAGGUGCGUCUCGGCGGCGCACCCAUGCCCGCAGAAAUCAGCGGUGUCGGCGAUUUGCAGUUUCUCAAGCCGGAGGAUAUGAACUACUUUGGCAAGCUGAACGACGGUGCCGACGAGAGCUCCAUGUCCGUGGACGAAUUGAAGGAGAGGAAGAUCAUGAAGCUUCUCCUUAAGAUCAAGAACGGCACGCCGCCAAUGCGUAAGACUGCUCUGCGCCAGAUUACCGACAAUGCGCGGCAGUUCGGCGCCGGCCCAUUAUUUGCUCAAAUUCUUCCUCUUCUCAUGGAGAAGACCCUCGAGGAGCAGGAACGCCAUCUGCUCGUCAAAGUCAUCGACCGUAUCCUGUACAAGCUGGACGACCUGGUUCGGCCAUACGUGCACAAAAUCCUCGUCGUCAUCGAACCGCUGCUCAUCGACCAGGACUACUACGCACGAGUCGAGGGCCGAGAAAUCAUCUCCAACGUGGCAAAGGCGGCGGGUCUCGCGACGAUGAUCAGCGUCAUGAGGCCGGACAUCGACAACGUUGACGACUAUGUGAGGAACACUACUGCGAGAGCGUUUGCAGUGGUGGCAUCUGCCCUUUCAAUUCCGGCUCUACUCCCCUUCCUUAGAGCGGUAUGCGGGAGCAAGAAGUCGUGGCAUGCCAGGCACACUGGUGUCAAGAUUGUUCAGCAGAUUGCUAUACUCAUGGGAUGCGCCAUCCUGCCACAUUUGAAGGGUCUGGUCGACUGCAUUGCCCCAAAUCUGAACGACGAGCAGACAAAGGUGCGGACAGUGACCAGUCUCGCCAUCGCUGCGCUGGCUGAAGCUUCCAACCCAUACGGUAUCGAGAGCUUCGAUGAAAUCCUCAACCCUCUCUGGACGGGCGCGCGAAAGCAGCGCGGCAAGGGUUUGGCCGGAUUUCUCAAAGCUGUUGGCUUCAUCAUCCCGUUGAUGGACGAGGAGUACGCCAACUACUACACGACGCAGAUCAUGGAGAUUCUUCUGAGGGAAUUCUCGUCGCCCGAUGAAGAAAUGAAGAAAGUUGUCCUCAAAGUUGUCUCGCAAUGCGCGGCAACCAAGGGAGUGGCGGCCAAUUACCUGAAGGAUCACGUCCUGGACGAUUUCUUCAAGAGCUUCUGGGUAAGACGUAUGGCGCUGGACAAGCGCAACUACAAGCAAGUGGUGGAGACAACCGUCGACAUUGGCCAGAAGGUCGGAGUGAGCGAGAUCCUCGAGAGGAUUGUCAACAACCUCAAGGACGAAAGCGAACCAUACCGCAAAAUGACGGUCGAGACCAUCGAGAAGAUCAUCAGCAGCUUGGGCGCGGCGGACAUUGAUGAACGCCUGGAAGAGCGGCUCGUUGAUGGCAUUCUCUACGCGUUUCAGGAGCAGACAGUGGAAGACAUUGUGAUCCUGAACGGGUUCGGCUCCGUGGUCAACGCUCUGGGAGACCGUUGCGGGCCUUUCCUGCCUCAGAUUACGAGCACGAUUCUGUGGCGCCUGAACAACAAGUCGCCGACGGUCAGGCAGCAAGCGGCAGAUCUGAUCUCCCGCAUCGCCAUGGUGAUGAAGCAGUGCGGCGAGGACGAGCUCAUGGGCAAGCUGGGCGUGGUGCUCUACGAAUACCUAGGCGAGGAGUACCCAGAGGUGCUCGGCUCUAUCCUAGGCGCGCUUCGGUCGAUUGUCACCGUCGUGGGUAUUGCCCAGAUGCAGCCGCCCAUCAAGGACCUCCUCCCUCGUCUCACCCCGAUUCUCCGCAAUCGUCACGAGAAGGUGCAGGAGAACACUAUCGAUCUGGUUGGACGUAUCGCGGACCGCGGACCGGAGAGCGUCAACGCGCGAGAGUGGAUGCGCAUCUGCUUCGAGCUCCUGGACAUGCUCAAAGCGCACAAGAAGGGUAUCAGGCGAGCGGCCAACAACACGUUUGGUUUCAUCGCCAAGGCCAUUGGUCCCCAAGAUGUCCUGGCUACGCUCCUGAGCAACCUCCGAGUCCAGGAACGACAGUCGCGAGUCAACACGGCCGUCGCCAUCGGCAUCGUCGCAGAGACUUGCGCGCCCUUCACCGUGCUACCCGCGCUCAUGAACGAGUAUCGCGUACCUGAGCUCAACGUGCAAAACGGCGUGCUCAAGGCGCUGUCCUUCCUCUUCGAGUACAUUGGCGAGAUGGGCAAGGACUACGUCUAUGCCGUCACGCCUCUGCUCGAGGACGCCCUCAUCGACCGCGACCAAGUCCAUCGUCAGACCGCCGCGUCCGUGGUCAAGCACAUUGCUCUCGGCGUCGUGGGCCUUGGCUGUGAGGAUGCUAUGGUUCAUCUUCUCAACUUGCUGUACCCGAAUCUCUUCGAGACAAGCCCGCACGUCAUCGACCGCAUCAUCGAGGCCAUCGAGGGCAUCCGCAUGGCCGUCGGCCCCGGCGUCGUGCUCAACUAUGUCUGGGCCGGCCUCUUCCACCCGGCGAGGAAGGUGCGCACGCCGUACUGGCGCCUCUACAACGACGCCUACAUCCAGGGCGCCGACUCCAUGGUUCCCUACUACCCGAACCUCGAGGAGGAGACGCUGGAUAGGUCCGAGCUGGGCAUCAUGCUGUAA